AUGGCUCCUCGUGGUAGCUCUAAGAUUGAGAAAACUCACAGCAAAGGCGAUAAAAGCACUGCAAAAGCAUUAGAGCAGCAUGAGGCUAUGCUUACAAAGCUAGAAGAAGAAAAAGAAGACUUAGACAAUGAGGUAUACCAGGGCAUGUAUACUGAAGAACACCAGGCAAAACAGAAUGCGGUCGAAACACAAUUGCAGAAGUACACUAGUGCCGCAUCCCAAGUGAAUGUCAAAAAAGGACCUAUACCUGAAUCUACUGAACCAAUGAACCUAGAUGACGCUGAGCAAAUGGCUAAGAAGGAAACAUCGGCCACUAAUCCAGCUGCUACCCAGCCAGAUGUAGCAACUCACGCGCUAGACCCUAAGAAGACAUAUGCAGGCGAUCAACAACAGUCAUCAGGAUAUGGUGAAAUGAAAAAAGAGCUUAUUGAUAAUCUCAAUAUGAAAUGGGACAUCGAUGUCAAUGACUCUCGUGGAGAGUCUUCAAUGCAGCAUCUACCCAAAGAAGUGUUCGGCCAUAUCAUGAAAAGUUCUCGGACUCGCUACUGUGUUCGAUAUGGAUCCAAGGAGGGUCUAAGCGCUCGUUUUGAAUCAAUUCUUCCAAAUGCGUCUGACUAUAACCAAGAAAGAGACGUUACCCAAGGUAGCGAUCGCAUUGUUGAGAAGAUUGUGCAACAUCAUAGAGAUAACAAAACGGCGCUUCCGAUGCAUAUACUUAGCCAGGUCAAGGUUCUAGUAGUGUACUGGGACUCUAAAAGGGGCGUUGGACACGAAGCUGAGGUUGAGGUAUUAGCGCCUGAUUUCAAAGAAAGACGACCACACACCCGCUGUUUCAUUUGGCUUGACCCUCAACUCUAUUCAGAAUAUAAACUUAACAAUCAAUCAGGCUGGAGUCACGAAACUAGGACAACGAUCAAACUCGUCAUGGACGGAAUCGACGACCGGGAAAAAUCCAUCGCUCUGUAUAACAUUGCUGUUGAUCUUGAAAAUAAGUUUGAAGAAAGGUGGAUGAGCCAUAUUCCAGGCAGACCUGAGCCCCUCAGUAAGCUGAUAUACGAGAGAAAAGCGGUGUCCCGCCGGACUAAGCAGCCGGUUACUACCACUGAACCAUUAGUACGCCCAACGCCUAUGAAGCCUCCAGUCCUACACCGUCAGCCUACACCUCUAGUAAAGCCACAACAGGAGCAGACCCCUAUUAAAACAGAACCAGGAAUGUCACCCAGGGAUCAGUUUCACAAAGACUUCUUAGAACUCUUUGAUUUACCAGAAGAUUAUACUUAUUACUUUCUUUUUGGAGAUAAAAUUAUGGCAUUUCCACCAGGAUUUAGAAUGAUUGCAGGUGAUGCUAGUAGAAAAAACGUCUUUGUUCCACCUCCAGACAUACCACAAUCUCUGUGGGGUCCAGAAGAGAAAGCACCAAAAUCACUGGCGGAAAAGGCCAUUGGAUUUAAUUGCCUAAAUUAUAGUGGUGCUGCUGAAGGGGCUUUAAGUCGACACUUACUUCCAAAUAAGUCAUUCAUUGAUUCAAACUGCGCCGAUGGCCUUCGCCUCGAGCUGAUGUUUCCAUCAUGUUGGGAUGGUAUUUCUCUUGAUGCUAACGACCACAAGUCUCAUGUAGCCUAUCCAGAUCUUGUUAUGGAAGGUACAUGUCCUCCAGAUUACGAGACUCGAAUUCCAGCUCUAUUUUUUGAAACGAUUUGGGACACCUCUGUCUUCCGUAACGCCUCUGGGCAAUUCCUACUUAGUAAUGGUGACCAAGCAGGUACGAAGAGGUGUUUGUUGAUAAAACCCUAA